AUGAGCAGCAGUCUUCUCGUCCUUGGCGACGCGGCUGUGCACGAGAUUCUCAUCUCCCUCUCCAAGGACGAAAUCUACCGUGUCCGUGAUUACCUGGCCAAAGCGCUCGAGGACUUCUCCACGCCCGAAGAGCGCCGGAUCGCGCCGGACUCGGUCGUCGUCACACGACCACAUGCAAAGACGUUAUUUCGGCCUUUCACGUCAAGCGAGAACGUGGGGAUCAAGAUCAUCGUCGACCCCUCCGCGGGGAGCGAGGCGCUGGGGGCGGUGGAGACAGCGAAGUCGUCGUCCGGAAAGGGUAGCAAUGCGACCUUGCACGGGCUCCUGGCACUAUGCGACAAGCACGGCGUGCCCGUCGGGAUCAUUAACGCCGACGAAAUCACCGCGUAUCGCACGUCGCUCUCCGUGAUGAUCCCCUACGUGUGGCGGGCGCGGACGGCACGCAUCGUCGUCUUCGGCGCCGGCAAACAGGCACUCUGGCACUUGCGGCUCGCGCUGGCGCUGAGGGGUGACGAGAUCGCACAGAUCGCCAUUGUCAACCGGUCCGCAGAAAGGGCCGAGUCGCUCGUCACCCAGCUGCAACACGAGAACGACGCGCGCUGGAAGUCGCCGGCCAAGAUGACCUGUAUUUCACCAACUACACCAAACUACGAACAGAGGUUAGAAGGUCUGCUGGCCGAAGCGGACGUCGUGUUUUGCACCACCCCUUCCGCAAAGCUGUUGUUUCCAGCGCGGUAUCUGAAAGCACAGCUCAGCAGCAGCAGCACAGGGUGUUACGUGUCGAGCGUUGGUUCGUGGCAACCCGACAUGAUCGAGCUGGACCCGCAACUACUGCGCGACGCGGUCGACUCGAGUCGCGGAAAACACCCUCUCGGCCAGAGCGGUGGACUCGUUCUCGUCGACGACCGCAAUGAAUGCUUGAAAAGCUCUGGGGAAGUCAUCGGUAGCCAGCUCCAGGCAGAGCACCUCAUCGAGGCGGGCGAGAUGCUGUCCUGGGCGCGCAGUUCCUCGUCAUCGUCGUCUUCUUUUCCGACAAUCAAGAGUCCCCACGAAUGGCUAUCCAACGGCUUCGUGGUUUACAAGAGUAUUGGCGUGAGUUCGACCGAUCUUGCCGCCGGCAUGGCCAUUUUGGCCCUGGCCAGGGAACGGGGAAGCGGUGUGUCAGUCGCGGAUUUUUAA